CAAAUUAAUGAUCGCAGAUCGUCUAUCAUAAUAUUACACAAAUGUUUAACAAAUAUUUCUAUUUGUGUAAAUAAACUACAAUAAGAUAAAUAUAAAAACAUUUUUGUAAGAAAAAUCUUGGAGAAUAUUUUAAUAAAAAAUAUGUCGCAAAAAACAAAAGACGUCGUACUUUCUGAAGAUCGGCCUAAGACUUUGUUAUUACAAAAGCAUUCAGACUAUUUAGCCAGCUACGGUCUAAAUAAGAACGAUUAUGAAUAUUGCAUGACAGAAUAUUUAAGAAUGUCCGGUAUUUACUGGAGUCUCACGGCAAUGGAACUUAUGAAUCAGUCAUCCAGGAUGCCAAAAGACGAAAUUAUAUCAUUUAUAUCGACCUGUCAGGAUAGUGAGAGUGGAGGUAUAUCGGCCUGCAACGGCCACGAUCCACACAUGUUAUACACCCUGAGCGCUGUUCAGGUGUUGGCUAUGUAUGACAGACUGGACGCUAUAGAUGUUGAAGGUGUGGUGAAGUUUGUGAGUUCCCUCCAGCAAGAAGAUGGAAGUUUCUUUGGUGACAAGUGGGGUGAGGUGGACACCCGUUUCUCAUUCUGUGCGGUGAUGUGUCUUUCGUUGCUGCAUCGUCUUGAUGCAAUCGAUGUUAAUAAAACUGUCGAAUUUGUAGUGAGCUGUAUGAACUUCGAUGGUGGCUUCGGUUCUAAACCGGGCUCGGAGAGCCAUGCAGGUCUUAUUUACUGCUGUGUGGGAACUUUAUCUAUAUGUAAACGAAUGGAAGUCCUAAAAGCGGAUGAGCUCGCUUGGUGGUUGUGUGAAAGACAACUUCCCAGCGGUGGCCUGAACGGCAGACCCGAGAAAUUACCUGAUUUAUGUUAUUCUUGGUGGGUGAUGUCUUCUUUAUCAAUGUUGAACAGAAUACACUGGGUUGAUAAGAAAAAUUUGGAACAAUUCAUAUUGGCUUGUCAGGAUUCGGAGACGGGGGGCUUCAGUGAUCGUCCGGGGGAUAUACCGGAUCCGUUCCAUACUUUAUUCGGCUUAGCUGGCUUAUCCCUUCUAGGAGACACUAGUAUCAAACGAGUCAACCCAACAUAUUGCAUGCCUCAAGAAACUAUAGACAGGUUGAACCUGGAACCACAAAUUUUGCUUGUAUAGUUUUAAUGACACCAAAUGCUUUAAUUAUAUAAGAAGUAUAUAAUAAUUAUAUUAAAUAAAGUUAUACAAAUUUCAUUUAACAAC